UGAGCCUCGUGUUUCAUUUCAUAGUAAAAACGACCACACUAAACGUGAGCCUCUAGUUUCAUCAUCUCUUAAACCAAAUCAUAUAGUAGCAUUCAUGUGUUACCACUUUCUUCCUUAAUCUUCGCACAACACAACAAUGGAAGCUAUGUUAGCUUUCUCUGUCACUUCACUUCACAUCCCAACACCUCUAGAAACUCCAACCCCAUUCAAAAAAUCCAUCUUCCUCAACUCACAAUCCCAUUCAACACUUCCAUUGUUUACUAGAAACACUUCAAAAUUCAAGCUUUUCACUGCCUUAUCACCUUCUCCAUUAACCGAUACUAGCACUAACCUUCCAGUGGAUGAUGAGCUAGAAGAUGAAACAGGUUCGGAGAAAUUCGAUUGGUACUCACAGUGGUACCCUUUGAUGCCAAUUUGUGAUCUUGACAAAAGGGCACCUCAUGGGAAGAAGGUUAUGGGGAUUGACGUGGUUAUAUGGUGGGAUAGGAAUGAAGAUGCAUGGCAAGUGUUUGAUGAUGCUUGUCCUCAUAGAUUGGCACCUUUGUCUGAAGGGAGGAUUGAUCAAUGGGGUAGGUUGCAGUGUGUGUAUCAUGGUUGGUGUUUUAAUGGAUCAGGUGAUUGUAAGUUCAUUCCUCAGGCACCUUCUGAUGGACCUCCGAUUCAUACAUCCAAAAAAGCGUGUGUUGCUGCGUACCCAAGCAUUGUGCAGAAUGAUAUCUUGUGGUUUUGGCCAAAUACUGAUCCUCAAUAUAAAGAUAUUAUUACAAGAAAAAAACUACACGUUCCUAAAUUGAAUAAUUAGUGUAGAAUUAUGGUG